UCGGAUAAAUUUAUUAAAUAUAAUAAAAAAUAUUGUUAUUUAUAAUAUUUUUAUAUUUUAUUUUUUCAAUUAAUAUUUUAUUUAACCAACACUAUCUUAACCAUCGUCUCACUAUUUAAAUCAAAAUUAAAUUAAAUAGUGGGUUGCUAUUAUUAUCACCAUACUAAUGGAUGAUGAUAAUGGCCGAAUGAUUAUUUGCAAUGAUCAACGAUCAUUAUUACCAAAAUAAAAAAUCUAUCAAUAGCAUAUUAUUUUUUUAAUUUAAUUAUCUUAAAAAGGAGGAAUUAUAUUAUUACGUGGGUUAAGCGUUGUUUGGCACAUAGUUGCUUUUUCAUCUCACACGAAUUUUAUUUUAUUUAAAAAUAGAAAACGACACUCACGCAAGUCACAAAGGUAGAUGUUGUCUAUCUAUUUCAACCAUUUAAUUGCUCAAAUUGCUAAUCUGUGGGCCCCACUCAACCCUGAUUUGAUAUUCAAAUUGUCACCAUCUAUAUAUUAACAAUGACAUUUCACUGUUUCUCCAUUUUAUGAAACAAAACAAAGAUUUUUUUUAAAAAUAUAUAUAUAUAUAUAUUCUAUUUCAUUAAUUAAACCUGUCUUCACUUGUUAUUUAGAAUUUUGAAUCCUACCUAAUAAAAUUGUAAAUUAUUUAAAUAAGAAAAUAAAAAAAUUGUAAUCUUAUUUAGUGGAAAUUAUAAAACUAGGAUCCAUAAAGCCGCAAAACUUGAGUCUUUAGGAUGGAUCCAAUUCCAAGUGGCAGUUUUUUUUUUUUUUUUUUUUGACUUCUUGGGAACUUUUUUUUUACUUUUUUUUUUUUUCUAUUUUUGAAAUACCAAAACUAAUGGGAAUAAAUAGUUCAAACUGAGUAAGAAACAUACAAAAUAGUAUUCUAAUAAAAUGAUGAUGUUUUUUUAAAUUAAAAAUAUAGCUUUUGAUAGUAAUAAAUAUGGAAAAUAUUAAUUUCAUGACAACUGGGACGAACUCAACAGUUACAGAGGUGGUGUCUCUUUCCCGAGUCCCCACUCCAAGCAUACACGACCGAAUCAAUCUCUCUCUCUCUCUCUCUCUCUCUAAAGUUUGUAACUUUGUAUAUUCUGUAUCGUCUCUCUCUCUCUCUCUCUCUCUCUCUCUCUCUCUUAUAUAUGUAUGUACAAUUUAUAUACUAUUCUGUAAGUUGUAAUUGAACGUGUUCUCUUCCGUUCUGAUUCUUGUGAUACAUCAUUUCUCUGCGGACUGACCCACAUCCGAAAGCCGCCACAUGGAUAUUAUCCCACCUUGUUUCCUGCAUCCCGGCCGACUUUGAGGCAGUUUUCCGAUGGAGAAAGAGCCUCUCCUUUCAUAUGCCAGCCCCAAACGGUUGCCGGCGCCAAUUCUUUGCUCCCUCCCUGAGAACGACGAAAUCUCUCUUCCAGUACCCAUAACCCCAUCGGCGCUCAAGGACCGCCUCAUUUUCGGGCCGUCGUCGUCGCCGGCCUCCGCCGACCCGUCUCCGAAUCUGGUUGAUGCCUUGGCUCUGAGCCUCAACUCUUCCAACCCCGCAAACCCUUCCACUUCCUCAGACGCAACAAUAAAUGUUGACCCACAAAGCCAGCAAUCUUGGUUGUGUGAUCCCAAUUAUCCAUGGAACAAGGGCAAUCUUCAUAGGUCCAAGACUGCCCCUGCCAUGGCAACAAUCAAUGAUUUUGAGCAUCAGGCCGUCGGUAAGCCGCCUCAACUCGUAUCUUCUUCAAUCAUUCGUCAGGCGUGUGUUCUUUUGGUUGUGUAUUUGUCUUUUGGUGUGAUCAUAUAUUGGUGUAAUCGGGAUGAAUUUGUGGGGUCCGAGACUCACCCGGUUGUUGAUGCUUUAUAUUUUUGCAUUGUGACAAUGUGCACAAUUGGGUAUGGUGAUAUAACUCCUACUAGUACCACCACAAAGUUGUUUUCUAUUAUGUUUGUGUUGGUGGGGUUUGGAUUUAUUGAUGUUUUGCUUUCUGGCAUGGUUAGUUUUGUGCUUGAUUUGCAAGAGAAUUAUCUUUUAAGAGCCGUAAAACGUGGGGGAGACAGGGACAACCCAGGGUCCUAUAUAAUUGAUGUGAAGAAGGGGAGGAUGAGGAUCCGAAUGAAAGUUGCAUUGGCUUUGGGUGUAGUGGUUCUUUGUAUUGGAAUUGGAGCAGCUGUUAUGCAUUAUUUGGAGAGGCUGGUGUGGUUGGAUUCUUUUUAUCUUUCAGUUAUGUCGGUUACGACGGUGGGGUAUGGUGAUAGGGCAUUUAAGACCUUGGCUGGCCGCAUUUUUGCGUCAAUCUGGUUACUUGUGUCAACACUUGCGGUUGCUCGGGCCUUUCUUUACUUGGCCGAGGCUAGAGUGGAUAAGAGGCAUAGGAGGAUGGCCGAAUGGGUGCUUGGUCAGGAUAUGACAGUGGCCCAGUUUCUUGCUGCUGACAUUGAUAACAAUGGUUUUGUGAGGUAAAUGCUUUGAUUCUUGUUGUCACUAUCUUAGUAAAUUCAACACAUUUUUUGGUCUUUGAAUACUUGUUUUUUCAUUUGUACUUCAAAACCUAACAGUAACCGUGGCAUUCAUGAAAAAUUAACAAUUGCCAAUUGGUUAGCAUUUCUGUUCUACAUAGUUGUAACUUGUAACCUUAAUUUUGAGGUCUUGGCUAUAUGGCUUUAUGAGGACCUAUGGAACAUUGGUUCAUUUUAAAUUAUAGAAGUCUAUGCUGUUGUAUGGUUAUUGGUUUUUCAUGAUGAUAUGGACUCCAUGAAAUCUCAAAGGUAAUAUACUUCUGGAGUUUGGUGGAUCUAUUGGAGGUCACACGUAUUAUUUGGAAAGGGGAAGCCUUUUUUCACACUCCCCUGCCUAGUUGAGUUGGAAUAAGAAUAAAGGAUGAGAAUCCCAAUUGGUUUUUUUGCUUUGUUAGGUUCGUAAACUUCAAGAAUGAAAGAGACGAAAACUGAUAUAAUCUAAACAUAUUUUUUCCGGUGUAUUUAGAUCAGGUAAGAGGUUAGGUCUGUAUCAACACUCACAAGCAGUUGGUUCCUGUGUCAGAUAGCUUAGUUGGUUCCUGUGUCAACAUUGGCUUUUAAUAGCCUGCAGUCCAAACUAAAUUUUGUUGGUAUCAUUAGCUGAAUUGAAUUAAGGUCUCUCUCUUACAACCUAAAUUAUGGCAGCACUGGUGAUGGGUUUGGUAGUUCUUAUGGUGGCCCAAUUGAAGGAAGCUAGGGUUUUGGGUUUAGGUUUGAUGUUUUUAGGAUUAGUUGCUAAUAGUAAUAGAAUGAGAUGGUCAGGAUGGUUCUCUCUCUCUCUCUCUCUCACACACACAAACACACACACACACACACACACACACACACAACUGGUAGCUGAGGGUCUCACGAAUAGUAAAUGGUUGUAGAGGGGUGGCUUGAUGGUAUGAGAGGGGCGUGGGAGACGGGGAUGUGGAGGACAAGAAAUUGGUUUUCAUCAUUGCUAGAGAUAGUGAUGAAUUCUGGUGAAUGAAUUCAAGAAAAUAGCUGUUUUGGAAAUCAAAAGCAGAAUUUCAGGAAUGUAAAAGCAUGCCUUCCCUUUAGGACUUGUAUUUAUUUUAGUAGCAGCAGCCAGGUUGCUGCUUUGUGACUGGAAGGUCAAGUUGAGUUGUCGAAAUAGCUUCUUUGCAAAAUAGCAAGGGAAAGGCUGCAUACAUAGUGGGGAGCCUCAUGCACUCUGGAUAUGGGAUACUCUUUAGUGUUCUUUAAUCCAUCAUGCUUGUGGAGAUUGUUGAUCACGUUAUCGGGGGAUAUUAGCAUUCCCUGCUCUAAGGUUAUCUUGUCUUUGUGAACUCCACAUGACCCAACACUCUUCCCUUCUUUUCCUUUAAUCUCUUAAUUUCUGAUAUGUAUAUGUCUCUACUAAAAGUUUUAGAACAUUCCUGGAUGAUCUUAGGGACCAAUUAGGUUGCCUUAUGAGGACAUUGUCUUGUGGUAGCUUGUUAGGGCAAUUGAUGAUGUCAUUGGGAGGAAGCAAACUGCUGGUAGUUAGCGUUGUAUGUGUAAGAAUGGAAAAUCAGUUGAUCACCUUGCAUCCAUUAUUUACAUGGUUGUUGGUUGGAAGCCUUUGGGUUGCCAUUUGGUUGUGUUUCCUAAGAGUAAUUAACCUUAUCUAGACAUGAUGGGAGCCAGGACAGGGAAUAUUAUUUAGUCAAGAUGUCUGACACACAGGAUAACAAAUGAAGUAUUAGUUUUAAGUGAUUAGGGGUUUUAAUUUUAUUUUAAUGUAUUUUUGUUUUAUUAGGAUGUAGUUCCUAUCUAAAGUUGGUCCCAAGCCUGAAUAAUGGAGUUGACAACCAGUGUAAAACUCAUAUGAUCAAACAACAUGAUAUGUUGUUGUUGAUUGUAUUUUAGUUAUAUUAGGACUUUUAAUAGAUUGUGUGGUAUAAUUUAGUAGUACUAAGUUGCCAUAUUAGUAGGUGUAGUUUUAAGAGAGUUCUUGUUGUUUUGGGAGUUUUAUCUAGCUUAUGUAAUUGGCUUAUCAAGCACCUCUCUUGGUGGACUAUGGAUAUCCUUUGAUUUAUUUGCAAAUCCUUCUAUUUUAUCUGUAAUGGCUUCACCUAUACCAGCUUGACAGUCGGUGCCUUUUGAGUUGACUUCAACUUUGCCUGCCAAUUCCAUCAAUGAUGUACAAGAAUGGUUGACUCACCCUACACAAAAAGUUUUGAGUAUGUUAAAUGCCAAACUUCAAUAUUUGGCUUAACUUGGUGUAUUAUCAUUUACUCCUAGUAAAUGAGGUGGUUCACUAAAGAUUCACUUCUACUGUGUCAUUUAGAUAUAUAGAAUACCAAUAAUGAUAGAAAUUAUUGGUGAGCUAGGAUCCACAUGGCCAAUCCCACCUAGUGUGAUUGAGGUUUGGUAUAAUACCAAUAAUGAGAAGAUAAGCCUAUUGAGUGUCACUGAUAAUAUUUAUCUUUAUAACAUUGGCUUGGAGCUGUUGCCUGGAAAUUUUUUUCACUAGAUUGGGUUUAAAUUUUUCUAUAAGAUAGCAAUAAUCUUUAAGGUUGUAAUGAAUGAUGAUAUCUUUUGCAUUAAGAUGGUGAAAGACAGGCCCAUAAUAGGACAUGUAUGGUUAGAAGGCGAACCAUAAAGGUUUUUAAUUUAUUUGGUGAUUUGGUGAGUUUUACAUGCAUUUUGACAUGUCUAUCCAUAGACCCAUUGGAAGUGUGGAUUUUCAAUGAAGUUUUGGCAGGAUUUUCCUACCAAUCCUAAUUACCCGUAAGAUAGCAGAAGAGAUAAAAAAGAAAAGAAAAAAGAAGGCUCCAAAAUCUUGAAAACAUGAAGGAAUAUGGAAACAUUAAUCCAAAAUCCAUGUAGAAAUAGAAUAUAUGAAACCAAGUCCUAACUUGCCAAAAAAAAAAAAAAAGAAAUGGAAAAAAUAAAUAAAAUCCAGAAUUUUGGUUGAAUUAUGAUACAUAUGUCCAUGAUAGAGCCAAUGAUUUUCAUCCCAUCUUGGUUUCUCCUAUUGAAGUCUUUUGCUUGUAAAUAUCUAGGUGCUCUAUGUUACGUUAGUAGGCUGUAGGCCUUGUUUAAAUAAAGGCCCAUGGAUAGGCAUAGCUAGAGAAAUGUUCUAGCAUGCUACCGGCUAAGUUGUAAAGCAAGUGGGUGGGAUAACCAUUUUUGCCGCCCAUUUAGGCCAUAGAUCAAGAUCAAUAUAAAAGCAACUGAUCUACGCCUACCUCACAUGUUGAAUGAAAUUUGGAAAUCAGUUUCCUUCUUAAUUCUCUCUCUCUCUCUCUCUCAAUUCUUGUUCGCUUUCUAUCUCUCUCUCUCUCCCUCUGAUCUCUCAAUUUCCCCCUACAUUCUCCCAAUUCUCUCGUGACAGCCAUUCUCAGCGAUUGAGAAUUUCCUUUGUCAGAUCAAGAAUUUAACAAAUUGGUAUCAAAGCUCUUUCCUGUUCUGCAUUCCCGGAGAUUGAGAUUGGAUGGUCGAUGGUACCCACAUGAAGCAAAUGGAGAUGUAGCUACAGUAUGUGACUGCUAUAGUGAUGGAGGUGCAACAAUGGGUAGGAAACAUGGAGGAUACGAUCGGAAUGAUGGUAGAUAAGAAGUUGGAAGAUGUGGCAGAUUGGUUGCGGGGAGAUAUGUACAACCAGAUCUGCGAGGAGAUGUGGGAGCACAACAAUAUGGUUUGAGAUAGAUGCAAAAAUUCAUGUUGAUGUUCUUGAACUAGGCGUUGUAAGGAUAUCCCCUAACUUUCCCCCUCGUGAGCAUUCGAAUCCAAUACUUCUAGGUAUUGGCACGAGUCAUAGCGCAGUCGGAUCUUCUGAAUUAGGGGGUGAUCUGGUGGGAAUGGGUGAAGAGCAGUUGAGAGGAGGCCAUAAGUCAAUGUGAAUUCUGGUCACUCUAAUUUUCUAGUGCCCAAAUUAGAGUUGCCGGUGUUUGAUGAGAUGAAACCAAGGUGGUGGAUCAGGAGAUGCGAGAAGUUAUUCAAUAUCCACCAAGUGGCUGAUGACCAAAAAGUUAAUCUGGCCGUAGUGUACCUAAAUGAUGUAGGGGAUAUAUGGUUUCAAGGCUAGCCAGGGGUGAGGGAAGGAUACAGUUGGGAUGAAUUCGCCAGGGGCUUGUGUGAAAGGUUUGGUGAGUGGAAGACGAUGGACAUUGUGGAAGAGUUUAAUAAGUUGAAAUAGAUGGGGACUGUACGUAUCGGCUCAAAUUUGAAUAGCCAAAGUCACUCAUGCUCCACAUAAACCCCUACUUGACCGAGGAGUAUUUUGUGUCGAGCUUCAUCAGUGGAUUGAGUGAUGAUCGUAGAUCCAUAAUGAAGAUGAUGAGGCCAAGAUUGGUGCAAGAGGCAGUAGAAGAUUCAUUGUUACAAGAAUUGACCGUUGAAGCUUUAAUCAAGAAGCAGAGGGGGGCAGAAUAGGGGAAUGAACCCGAGGAUGGUGCUAUCCGAAGGAAGGGUGUAGAGCAAAGAGAAUUUUAGAGGAGGAACAAGGGUGAAGUAUUUGACCAACGUACUCCAUGACUCGAGCUUACCACCGAGAGACAAGCUCAUUGAGUAGAGGAGGAUUGCAGGUUUGUGUUUUAGGUGCGAGGACAGAUAUACCCCAGGGCACCAAUGAAAGAAACAACUGCUCUUACUGGAAGGAGUAGAAGGGGAAGAAGAGGAAGAGAUAGCUGUGGAAGAAGAAGCAACAGCAGGAGGAGAAGGAGGAGGAGGUUAGUAGCAAGAUUAUUAAAGUGGAGAUAGCAUCCUCAUGGUCUUAAUUGACAGUGGGAGUACCCACAGUUUCAUAGAUGAGAGCACAACUAAGAAGAUGAAGUGGCCGUUGGCUAAGACACAAUUGUUGUCUGUAAUCGUGGCUAAUGGAAGUAGGGUUAUCAGCAAAUCUGUAUGCUUGGGAUUUUGUUGGGAAAUGCAAGCGGAAGACUACUAGACUGACCUAAGGUUGUUGAAAUUAGGGGGAUGCCACAUUGUUCUCGGGGUUGAUUGGAUGAGGGGAGUAAGUCUAAUUAGCUUUGAUUUUAACAAGAUGGAGGUUACCCUAGAGAAGGAUGGCAAGAAUGUAGUGUUAGUGUUGUAGGGGAAUAUGGAAGUGGGGGCAUGCAAGAUGAUCAAGGGGAAGAAAUUGCAAAGGCUGUUCAAGAAGAAGAUGUUCCAAGUAGCCCAAUUAUUCUCAAUUGAGGCUACUGAGAAGCUAGAGUUGGAAGCUGAAGGAAGCUUUAAACAGGGAGACCAAUCACCUAUAGCCACUUGGAAGGUACAUGAACUAGCUCUCCUUGAUGUGUUAUUAAUUGAAUACCAAGAUCUCUGUCAUGGUUGUUAAACUCCCGAUUUUACGGGUACAAUUUUACGAUUUUUUGCACCAAAAACUCUUACGAUUUUACAAUUUUAAAGUUGAAUCGCACUCGAUUUUACAUGUCGAAGACCCUCUUACGAUUUUACAAUUUUAACAACCUUGCUCUUUGUAGAGCCUAAGGCCCUUCCCCCACAAAGAUCCUUGGACCAUACCAUACCCCUUUUACCUAAUGUUGAACCAGUGAACAUUAGGUUGGAUACCCCUCAAAACUUAAAUAUGAGAUUGAGAAACUUGUUAAAGAAAUGCUAAACCAAACUAUGAUCAGGCCCAACCAUAGCCCAUUUGCUUCUCUUACCCUAUUGGUUAAGAAAAAGGAUGGUACAUGACGAUUCUGUAUUGAUUAUAGACAGCUUAAUGCCAUUACCAUUAAAGAUAAAUUUUCCAUUUCUAUCACUGAAGAUCUUUUGGAUGAACUCAAACAUGUCUCUAUUUUUUCUAAGCUGGACCUAAGGUCAUGAUACCAUCAAAUUAGAAUGGAUCUUAAUGACAUACCCAAGAUAGCCUUCAAGACACACCAUGGUCAUUUUGAAUUCACUCUCAUGCCUUUAGGCCUAACUAAUGCACUAGUCGCAUUCCAAGCCCUCAUGAACCAAAAUUUUGAGCCAUACCUCAGAAAAUUUGUAUUGGUUUUCUUUAAUGAUGUCCUAGUCUAUAUCUCCUCCUUUGAUCAACACCUAGACCACCUUAGGGCUACAUUCAAGAUCUUGAGGCUCAAUAAAUUGUACAUCAAGAGGUCAAUGUGUGCUUUCCCACAAAAACAAG